AUGAAGAACGACAACAUGUUCGCGUACUACAAGGCGCAGAAGCUGUUCGGGGAGAACACAGAGACGGAGUGGGACAACUUUAUCAAUGCUUUCAGGCAGCCGCUGCCAGUCACCUUCAGGGUGACAGGGAACCGAUCAACUGCGCGUACCCUGAAUGAGACCAUCGUUCACAAGCAUGUCCCCAACCUCCAGAACGUCGUCUUCGAGGACAAGCCCAUUCCCCCUCCUGAACAAAUCCCCUGGUUCCCCGAGGGUCUCUCAUGGCAAGUAAAUGUGCCGAAGAAGGUGCUUCGCAAGCAAGAAGAGUUCCGCAAGUUCCACUCCUUCCUCGUUGGCGAGACCGAAGUCGGCAACAUCUCGCGUCAAGAAGCCGUGUCUAUGCUGCCUCCACUCUUCCUCGAUGUCAAGCCUUGGCAUCGGGUAAUUGACUUGUGCGCUGCACCAGGCUCGAAGACCGCCCAACUGCUCGAGAUGCUCCACUCCGCCCCCGACCCGAACGCCGAGGACGACCUUCUCCCCCUCCCCUCCGGACUCCUGCUCGCGAACGACUCUGACGCCAAGCGCACGCACCUCCUGAUCCACCAAAGUGCCCGCCUACCCAGCCCGGCGCUCAUGGUGACGAACCUCGACGCAAGCCGCUAUCCCGGCAUCCGCGUACCCGCCUGGGUCCUCCAGAAGGGCGAACAGGCAGGGCCCAAGGAUGAGAAGCUCCGCCGACUUACGUUCGACCGCAUCCUGGCCGAUGUUCCCUGUUCUGGUGAUGGCACGCUGCGCAAGAAUUUGGGUAUAUGGAAGACGUGGACGGUGGCGGACGGGAAUGGACUGCAUAGCCUCCAACUGCGCAUCUUGACCCGCGCGAUGCAGAUGCUUUCGUCGGAAUCUGGCUCGCGCAUCGUGUACUCAACGUGCUCGCUCAACCCGACAGAGAACGAAGCCGUCAUCGCGGAGGCUCUGGCUGCUAUCAGAGACUUUGAACUCGUCGAUGCAUCGACGCAUUUGCCCGCUUUGAAGCGUAGACCCGGCCUCAAGACCUGGAUCUGUGGCGAGAACGUCCCCACCGGCCUCGGCAAAGGCAACAGAGAACUCAAGCUCUUCAACACCUGGGACGAGUAUAAGGCCUUUGUGGAUCCUCCUCAGGAUGCUGCAGCUUCUGCAAAGGAACCCGCCAAUACUGACUCUACCGCAACUGCCCCGAAGCCCCCGCGGUUCAAGCAAACACUGACACCGGGUCACUUCCCACCUUCCGAGGACUUUCACCUCGAGCGCUGCGUGCGGAUAUAUCCCCACUUGCAGGAUACGGGCGGCUUCUUCGUUGCUGUUCUCGAGCGCAAGGCAGGCGCUUCUGCUUCUGCGCCUGAUCCCGAGCUCGACCUGGAAGACGGCGACGAGGAGAUGCAGGUGGAUGCUCCGGCUGCGGAGAGCAUCACACCUGCAGAGAUUAGCACCCCCGCGGAGACGGCAGGUGCGAAGCGACCGGCGUCGACAGAGCCAGACGUCGAUACGAAGGAAGCCAAACGUCUCAAGGUCGAUGACGCUCCCUCGACCAGCGCAGCGAAACCGGAGGCUCGUCCACCCAAAAAGCAGAAGGAGCUCAAGGACGAUCCGACGUACAAGGAGAGUCCUUACACUUUCCUCCGCGAAGACGACCCGACGUUGACUGCGUGCCUUGCGAACUUGCGAUUGCUCCCCACCUUCCCUCGAGGCAACGUCCUCAUCCGCGCACCGCAACCUCCCUCAGAUAUCCUCGCCUCCGACGGCAAGCCCUCCAUCCGCACCAUGUACCUCGCCAACGAACUCACGCGGGAAGUCAUCCUGCACAACGACCAUCGCAGGUUACGCUUGAUGAACGGUGGGACCAAGGUCUUCGAGAGGCAAGGUGGCAACUACGUCUCGAAGGACGACGUCCAAUUCCGCAUCCUCGGCGAGGGUCUGCCCAUCGUGCUGCCCUUUGUCGACCCGUCGACAAUCGUUGUGGGCAACCUCGCGACCUUGAAGGCGCUCUUGAUUGCGUACUUUCCGCGUUGCGACCACCUACAAGAGCCUUUCAAGAGCAUGAUCGAGGCGCAAACACCUGGUAGCCAUGUAAUGCGGAUACCGCCUGAAGAGUGGGAAGGAGUGAGCCUCUUGCAUGAGCUUGUGCUUCCCAUUUGGAAGUCCGAGGCGUCUGUUGCCCUCAUGAUCGACAAGAAGGCCAAGUCCGCAAUGAGCCUCCGCCUGUUCCAUGCCGACAUCACGCCCGCUAAGCAAGCACCAAAACCAAAGGAGGCUGAAGAUGCUCCUUCCACCAAGGAGGAAGACGCCGCCGUCAUAGCGGAGCCAGAACCAGCCGACGCUGCUUAG